CUGGUGAAGCAAAACAUCAUUGAGACGUGUGUUGGUAAAUUUGUCGCAACUUUCAUCCAUCCGUCGUGGCAGACGUUCUAGUGAUCACCAUGGAUGAAUUGCGUUCGAAUUUGAAACAACUGAAAAAGUAUGAAGUGCACAACAUUUUUGACAGCAAGGAUUUCAACAAACUGGUGUCUGGAAUUCGUUUGGCGGAUUGUAUGAAGGCAGAAGUUUCGUACGUAACGGAAAACGUUGAAACCGAGGAUUUGGUCAUCGACGCAGGAAUCGAGCUGAGCAUUUCCGACUCGCUGACAUGCUCGUACUGCAGCACUUCUUUCGAGAACAAAACCGAGCAACGGAACCACUACAAAUUGGACUGGCAUCGACAUAAUUUAAAACUCAGUCUCAAGGGUCUGAAAGGUUUAAAAGAAGAGGAUUUUGACAAACUGAAUGAUGAUGAUGUGUCAAGCAUUUCUGGCUCGGAAUCGGAAACCUCCAGUGAAGACGAGGAGGCUAAAGUUGCUCUUGCCGCUGACAUAGAAUUGACUAAAACCAUCAGGCAUCCUAAAGUGUUUUUUGUAAAUGAGGAGAACAAAAUACUGUCUUUAUACAGAUGCAUUCUUCAUGGGAAAGAGAAUCCCCCCAACACUAAUGAGGAGCUUUUCAAGCUUGCUCAGAAUUGCCAGAACAAAUCAAAGUGGGCCAUCAUAAUGUUGGGAGGAGGGCAUUUUGCUGCAGCUAUUUUUGAAGGGAAAAAUGUGAUGCACCACAAGACAUUUCAUAGCUACACAGUUCGAGCAAAGCAGGGAGGCUCUCAAGGCGCCCGUGACAGUAAAAGUGGCACUAGCCACCCUCGUUCUGCAGGAGCCAGUCUUCGAAGAUACAACGAACAGUCUUUCCAGCAGCACAUCAAUGACUUGCUAGAAGUUUGGAAAGAACCACUUUCAAAAUGCGACUUUAUUUUCUUGAGGGCCGUCAGUCACAACCGAACGCUAAUUUUUACAGGGAAAAACUCGCUUCUGCAGAAAAACAAUCCAAGGAUCAGGAGCAUCCCUUUCCCGACACGACGAGCCACUUUCAAAGAAGUGCAGAGAGUUCAUGACUUGCUCAGCUCACUGGAGGUUUAUGGGUCUGCUGAGGAAUUCAUGGAGAAAUUCCCAACCUCUCCUAAUAAGAAGCAGGAAAGGGAGUCUCCGCCAAAAGAAUCCUCACCAGAAGCCAAACCAAAAAAGAAAAUCGAGCGAGAUAAAUCAAGAGCCAGUCCUUGCAGACCUUUGCCUGAAGUUGUGGAGAAGCUGGCCGAGAGCUCUGAGGAGGGCAGUCUGAUAGCAGAGGACGACGAAUUGAUUAUGAUGACCAGCGUUUUGGAUGUUUCAAGGGAUUUGCUGGAAUAUGACGAUGAUGUACCUGAAGAAGAAAAGCAGCGUGGUCGGCGCCAGAAGCGACGCCCCAAAAAGAAGAAAAAGAAAGAAAAAGAGAAUUGCGAGGAAAAAGAACAGGAAGAAAAUGCUGAGUCUCUGAGCGAUAAGGGUAGUGAGUGGAAGGCACUUUUGUUUUCUUCAAGACACGACACGAAAAUGAUGAGCCAGAUUAUAAAUGACAUGAAAAACAUAGAGGAAGAAGAGAAAAUUUUGAUCAUCCAUAGUGCAAUCGACGUCAGAGGCAACAACUUGCUCCACGAAGCAUCAAAUCUUGGGCUUGUUGAUCGUGUUAGAUUUCUACUUGAAAGUGGUUUGGAUCCCAGCGUGUCAAACCGAGAAGGACGAGUUCCAUUUCGAGUUGCCAAAGACACUGAAACAAGGAAGAUUUUUAGACGAUUCCAAGCAGAAUUCCCAAAUAAAUAUGAUUAUUCCAAGGCUGAAGUACCUGGGCCGUUGACUGAUGAAAUUGAAAAAAUGGAAAACGAAGUUCAGGCCCAAAAGAAAAAUGCAAAGCGGAAUGCUAAGAAAGAGAAGCUGGUUGAGAAAAAGAAAUUGGAGGCAGAGAAGAGGAAAGAAGAUGAGGAGAGGAGAAAGGAGCAGGAGGAAAAGGACCGAUUUUUGAAAUUGAGUGAAAGAGAAAAGUGCGCCCUGGCUGCUGAACGACGACUGAUGGCUGCGGGCGGUCAGGUCGUUGUUCGAUGCUUUGUCUGCGCCUCCGACAUGUCCGGAAAGGUCCCUUUCUGCUACCAGGCUUUCAAGUUUUGCUCAAUGGAGUGCCUCAAGGCGCACAGGUUUCAAUCAAAACCGUCAAGCUAGUUCAUCAAAACGCAAUAAAAGACUGUGUCUGCUGCUAAACUGAAUACUUGUGACUGUUUGAAAGAAUGAAUGUUGGCCCGAACAAAUCGGUAAGUCAACCGGCACUUUCCUUUGUGUUACCAAGUGGUCGGUGAUGCACUAAAUUUUAAUUAUUGGUGUGAUGCAAAAGUAACUGACAAAAAAAAAUUAUAAAGAAAUCAAAAUACAAGGAUAGGAAAAUUUA